AUCGUGAAAAAUGGCUCGUACUAAGCAAACGGCUCGUAAAUCCACUGGUGGAAAGGCACCAAGGAAGCAGCUGGCAACCAAAGCCGCUCGCAAGAGUGCACCUGCCAAUGGCGGCGUGAAGAAACCCCACAGGUACAGGCAUGGCACAGUCGCUCUGCGUGAAAUUCGUCGCUACCAGAAGAACACUGAACUGUUGAUCCGCAAAUUGCCCUUCCAACGUCCAUUUUCAUACUUCUCUGAGCCUACAGCAAUUUCAAUAGGUGGGUGA